AAAGAGAGGCGGAAAGAUGGCCAUUACAGCUAGUGAUAUGGAGAGACUCUUCUCUCUACUGCUGAGCCCAGACACUGAAGUCAUUAGACAGGCUACAGCUGAGCUCAGGUCCAUAUAUAAGAAUCCUUCUCUCCUGAACUCACUGUGUCACGUGAUGCUUCACUCUGAAGACCCUCACAUACGACAGUUAUCGGCUGUGGUGUUACGUAAGAAACUGGUACAGACUUGGAGACGUUUGUCAGUUGAGGACAGGGAGAGUUUGAAGAAUAUUUUUAUUGAGUCUCUCUCCAGCGAAAUGCACCAAUUAGUAUUGAGAUCUGUAGCCAAUUUGGUUAGUGUCAUUGCUAGUCAUGAGUUCAGUCACAAUCAAUGGCCGGAAUUAUCUCAGUUUAUCAUGAAAAGCUGUCAAAGUGAUGACUCAGCACAACAAGAGAUUGGUAUGCUGGUCCUUAGUUCUGUUAUGGAGACAGCUGCUGUUCAUUUCAACACUCAGUUCAUCCAGCUCCUUGGCUUAUUCUCCUCUGCCCUUGGGAACACUCGGAGUUCAAUGGUUCCGUUUUAUGCUUUGAAGUCUUUAACGUACGUUAUUGAGUAUCUCAAGGAUGAGGAGAUGUCUCAUUUUCGUAAUCUUUUCCCAAAAGCUAUAGAAGCUGUCAAGAAACUUAUCACAAUUGAUGAGGAUAAAGCGUGUGAAGCCAUGGAACUGUUUGAUGAACUGAUGGAGUGCGAACUAUCUCUAAUUAGUGCCUUCCUACAGCAGCUGGUUGAAUUCUGCUUGCAAACUGGUUCUAAUGUCAAUUUAAGUGACGGUAUAAGAGUGAAGUCCCUGUCAACGCUAGGGUUCCUUAUGAGUGUUAAGAAAAAAUCUUUGUUGAAGAUGGGUUUCUUGUCUUCUAUUCUUGAGGUGAUCUUAUCUGUGAUGGUUUCACCUCAUGAAGAUGAUGAAAUUGAAGAUGAAUCUGAUGUCCUGCUGGAUGGACACUCUCAGUCUCCACAGUGCGAAGCAUCUAGGGUUCUUGAUAAAAUGGCGCUUAACUUACCACCUGAAAAACUAUUCACUUCCGUCAUGCAGUAUGUACAGUCUUGGUUACAAGAUGAAGCCACGCCCAUUCAAAGGAAAACAGCAAUAACAGCUAUUGGCGUAAUGGCCGAAGGUUGUGCCGAACACAUCAGAACAAAUCAUUUGAGAGAAUUGGUUCAAGUGAUAUUUGAUGGUUUGAGCAAUCCUCAUCAAAUAGUAAAGAAUGCAGCUCUUUUCUCUUUAGGACAGUUUUCUGAACAUCUUCAACCGGAUAUAUCUCAGUUUAGUUCUGAAUUAUUGCCGGCAUUGUUCCAGUUGCUAGACCACACCCUCUCCUCGUCAGGGACCAAUCAACCCUCAGUCACUCGUAUCUUUUAUGCUGUUGAAACCUUUUGUGAGAAUUUAGGUUCGGAGCUGUUACCAUAUUUACCUAAUUUAAUGGAUAAACUGAUUGUGUUACUAACUGGAGAUUUUAAUGUAGAGUACAAGGAACUAGCCAUUAGUUGUAUUGGAGCAGUGGCUAAUGCAGUUGAGGGAAAUCUAACUCCAUUCUUUCCCAGAAUACUUGAUGUGUUAAAAACGUACAUUAAUUUGCCAUAUCAGCAAGAACUGGUGGUACUGCAAGCCCAGGCAGUUGAUACUCUUGGCAUUAUUGCUAAGACUAUCGGAGCCGAUAAUUUCCAGGGAAUUGCUAAUGAAUGUGUAACACUGGGACUGACCUUGAUGAAUAGCACUGAUCCUGACCUUAGAAGAUCAGUUUAUGGUAUGAUGGCCUCAUUAUCGACCAUAUUAGGACAAGGAUUGGCUCCACAUUUACCAGCUGUCAUUCCCAGAAUGAUCCAGUCACUUCAGUCAACUGAAGGAGUCAAGGCCUACUAUUCAUCUACUGCUGUUUCAUUUCUUGAUUUUGAUAAAGAUGAUGAUCCAGUUUCUGCUGAUAGUACUAAUUUGGCUGAUGAAUCUGUAGAAAGUCUUGAAGACGAGCAGGAUAUUGCCGGAUAUUCCGUGGAAAACUCUUAUCUUGAGGCAAAGGAAGACGCUUGUAACGCCAUUGGAGAGAUUGCAAAUAAUGUCGGCAUUUUAUUUCUUCCAUACAUUGAUGACUGUUUUCAAGAGAUAGCUAUUAACACAGACGACUCCUCCCCUGGCCUCAGGAAAGCAGCUGUAACUUCGUUAGGACUUUUACUUAAAGUUUGGCACAGCCCACAGGCAGUUGAAAAGAUGAACGAAGACGACAAAAGUUCAUUAAAUAUUCUUAUUAAUUCUACUUUGGCCAACAUGUCUGCCAGUGCCAGGACUGAUUCUGAUCCUCUCGUUACCGUGGCAACGCUUGAGAGCAUAGAGCUGGUUCUUAAAAGUCUAAGAGGACGAGAGUUUCCAAUCGAAGGGAAAGUAUGGGCCAGCCUACUAGUCACCAUUGAUGAUAUACUUAAUAAUAAAGCGGAGUGUCAAGAAGAGGAUUGCUGUGAUGGAGGUGACAGUGGGUCUCUGUUCACUGGGGAUACCACUGAGAUUGAGGGACUCUUGUUUGAAUCUGCCGGCUCUUUAUUAGGACCUCUGGCAGCUGUUGUGGGCGGAGCUAAAAUACUACCAUCAAUAAAGCCAAUGAUGACUUUGUUGAUUAAGAAAAUGAUGACGUGUAAAACAGUAGCCAAUCAUUCGUUUGUAAUGGGUACAUUAGCUGAGAUUGUUGAGGGGUGUGGUCAGGCCAUAUCGCCCCUAGCAACCGACCUAUAUCCUUUAUUCAUGAGAGGAUUGUCUGAUAAAAGUGAUGAGGUAUCCAGCAACAGUGUCUAUGGAAUAGGAACUCUAGCAGGAGCAGCUGUUGCUCAAAUCUCAUGUCAUUAUCAAGAUAUACUGCAGGCAGUGUUUGGUUUGGCUAGUACAAGGUCUCAAAAUGGCCGACUGAUGGAUAAUAUAACAGCAGCUGUAGCUCGUAUGAUAGUCAGUGGACCAGAACUAGUGCCAAUGGAUCAGGUGCUCCCAGUAUUAUUACAGAAUGUUCCAUUAAAAGAGGACUUUGAAGAGAAUGUCACUGUAUACAGCUGUAUAUUUCAUCUGCUUCAGUCUGGGAAUGUAACAAUAAUGAAUAAUUUGGAUUUGGUUCUCAAAGCGUUUGCAGCUGAUCUUUCUCCUUCUUCAAAACUGACACCUGAGCUUCAGUCACAGAUCAUCAGUAUCACUAACAUGUUACGUUUUCAAUGUCCUCAACAAUUCGAAGCUGCUUUCGGUUGCUUGCCCCCUACUCAUUCUCAGGUUUUAGCUAAAGUACUAGCGGAAUCCUCAGGACCUUCACCCAGCACUACAAACUAAAGCAAGAUUAUCAGAAACUUUACUAUAAAGAACUAUUGAUUAUUAUACAGAGAGAGAGAGAGGAGGGGGUGUAUAAUAAUAAUAAUCUCUUAUAUUGUAUGUACUUGUAGCAUUGAAGUACACAUGUACCUUCACCAAGAAGUUAUAUACCUUA